AUGUCUGACAAGUUUACCUCUCAAUCCGAUCGAUCUGACGACAAGAUUGAUCCUACGUCAUACGAUGAUUACCAGGAGAAGGAAUCGGUCGUUCAAUCUUCCUUGACUGGAUCUGACGUCCGCACAGAGGUUACGUCAGCCAGUUCAGAUCUUGAAGGCACGACCGUUGAGGGGAGAGAAUGGAUUAAUUUGAAGACGAUCACCUUGGCGCAAUUGCAAACGUUGACGGCGAAUUUCGAUGCCCAAUCUCCCGAGGAUCAAAGAGCUACCAACGCUGCUCUGGACGCCGCUACGACGUUCGAAGAGAAGGAAAAGAUCUACAACGGCCCGAUGUUCCGCCCUCCCUCUCGCACACCCGCUCAGAUUGAGCAGGCAGAGCGCGACAGGCUGUUCAUGCUGCUCAUGAGCGGUCGGACGGAAGAGGCGGUAGCCAUGAGCAAGAAGGACGAGAACGGGUGCUACAUCAAUCCGUGGGAGAAGAGGGAUAAGCCUUCCCAGUGA